AUGGAAUUCGAUAUCCCUGCUUUGGUGAUAGAUGCCGGAUCCACCUCGGUCAAAGCUGGCUUGACGGUGGAUGAAUCUCCCAGCAUAGUGAUUCCAUCUCUGUAUUCGCGUUCGUCAACCACCGAAGGUGACUAUCAUUUUGGCGAUUCAAUAGAUCAAUAUCCAGAGAAUGAGGUGCUCACAACGCACGAAAAUGGUAUUGUAUACAACUGGGAUGCUGUUGCAGCACAGUGGGAGUACAUCUACUCGGAGCUCGCGCAAGACCCAAAGGAGCUUCCUUUGGUGGUGACUGAAAACUCCUGGGCCUCGAAGAAACCCAAGUCAAAAGUGUAUGAAGUGGCUUUUGAAAAUCUCGAAGUCCCCGUUUUCUCGUUGCUCAGAUCACAAUUAUGUACUUCCUACUCUAUUGGAAGACCCACGUCAUUGGUAAUUGAGUUGGGAGGGGCCACCACCAGCGUUACCCCUAUCCACAAUGGUAAGGUGUUGUCUAAGGGAGUUCACCACACCAAAUUUGCCGGAGACUUUCUGAAUCUGUUUGCACUGGAAUCUCUGAGGGCAAAAUCCGCCAGGGGUCAAGAUGCCGAUUUUGAGAACAGCUUGCUACCACGCAAGUUCCAGAACAGGACCACCCCGAUUUCAGACUCGUUCAAGGCUUACCAGGUGAAUAAAACUUUGACCGAAAUGAAGGCCUCAAUCCUCGCAAUUUCACCAUAUCCAAUUACAGCUGACCAAUUCACGAUGCCCAACUCUCUACAUACCAUAGAGAUCCCUCAUAGGGACUUCGAGCUGCCUACUGGUGAGCUUCUCCCCAACUUCGGUAUUGGCCAGUUCAAGCUCUCUGAGCCGUUGUUUCAGCCUGCUCCUUAUGCCGGGGCUUUCACCCAAGCGAAGGUUGUUCCCGAGUCGCUUGGCCUGACGGACUUGGUUCUGACUUCCUUGAAGAAAUUGGAGGCUAAUGGCGAGGUGUACCAGGAACUGUUGAAGAGUGUGAUUCUGACUGGUGGUUCUACGUAUGUCCCCGGGCUGGAACAAAGACUCAUCAACGACCUGGUAAGAUUUCUUCCGAACUUCAGCAUAAACACAUACUGCAACCCGGAUCUCCUGGACAGAAAUUUCAGCGCCUGGCACGGAGCUGUCAUCCUUGGUACCAGGCCUCAGCCAGACUUCGAGAACCUGUACAUCUCCAAGCAUGACUACGAAGAGAUCGGUGAAGACGGCCUCCUUGAGCGUUCAAAAUAG